AGUAGAGCUGGGAGCCCCGGGCCAGGGACCUUAUGUUUGGCAGCCAUUCAUGCUGGAGAAAACAGUUGUGUUGGUGCAGCCUAACCUACACCGCCGUCGGAGUAGCCCGCUUCCCUCUUUUCUGGGGAGGCUUUGGCACCUGCUUGCUCAUGCAACCUGCUGCCUUCACCCAAAGCAACAGCUUCUUUCUUUCUUCCCGGAAGAUGCGGAGGAUGACAGCUUUUAGCAGAACAGUUAGAGGCCAGACUGGCCUGUGAAGGCACCCCCUUCCUUCUCCUCUUUCCCUCAGGAGGAAACUUAGAAACUUUUCAGUGUGAGAGACAGAGGAACUGGGAACCUGAAAGUGGGUUAUAUCGAAUUCUAAAAGUUCCUCCCUCUCGCUGUCAUUACCUUAUGCUGCCACAAAGUGGUGAGUUAGAGAUUUGCCUGGGCUGGGUGGUCUUUACCUUCCAUGAUUACUCGGAAAGUUACAGAUGAGGAGCGAGGGAACAGGAUUAUCUCGGGAAAGGUGAUGAGGAGCAGUGCUCUGUGGUUAGCAGAUCACUCCCCGCAGGGCAGAGGCAGGCUCACCAUCGCUUUCAUCUUCCUGCAGGCCUUGACAGUCAGAUCAGAGGAUUUAGCACUUUUUUGGUGUUCUGGGAGAUUGCUAGAGUGGGGAAGUUCUGCUGUAGCUACGGAAGCUGGGUGGGGCUGUGGACCUAUCAUUCAUCCCCCAUCAUGCAUUGGCUCAGGCCCCUGCAGGACCCUCCGACGUGCGUGUGGAGAGAGAGAGCAGGCACAGGAGGGCUGGAGAGCCUGGGGGAUAGCUGAGAGGGAUGUGAAGGUUUUUGAGAUGGUCUUUUUGUUCCAUGCAGUUGUUUUAAAUGUUGACUGAUGGAGGCUGUUUGCUGUUGGGCCCUCAGGUCUGGGAGGCCUGGCCUCUCCGACCCAGCAGGCUGUUCUCCUGAGCAGUGGUGUCCUGAGUUGAGAUCAGGGCUGCGAUGGGAGAGGAGCUGUCUGGCCUCGGGGGGGCCUCAGCCAGAGCCUUUCUGCUUCUGUCUGUCUUGUAUAUAUUGGGCUUCCAACUAAGAAUCUGUUUGCAAAAAAAGUUAUGCUGCUAAAAUUUUUGUUUUGGACACCAUGGUGCAAACGGGUCGGUCUUGUGUUGGAGCAUGAGCAGAGUUUGUGACUUUUUUGUAUUGUGGGCAGAGCACCCCAACCUCUUGCCUGUGAGGCAGCUGAUUUAAAAGGGUUGGCAGUACUCGGGAGGCUGGGACACCCAGGCCCAGGUGGGGUGGAGACCGCCACCAUCCCUUUGCAGGAGGAGCUGAGAUGCCAGCAGACUUCACUGGCAGUGAAGGGAGCAGACCUCCCAGCCUUGAGCCCCUCUCCCUUUCCAGAACCCGUCAUCGGGGAAGGCAGAGCCUCCCUGGCAUUGUUGGCACCCUGCCUCGAAGAGCCCCCUGUCCUGUAGGCAGAGCCUUGUAGUCUGUCUUGGUUAAUGACUUGGGCCAUCUGACCAGUCCCUCUUCUGUGCCUUGUCUCAGGUCCUUGUCCGUCCCUGAUCCCGGGCAGCUUCUCUCUCUGGGUUGGGUCAUCUUAAUCAGGGAAACUGAAGCCAUUACUCUCCAAACCCUGUUUCAUCUUCCCAAGCAUGUCGGAAAGCUGGCAGCAGCCGCCACAGACACAGCCGCAGCAGCCGCAGCCACCGCAGCCUCAGCAUCACGCAGAACCGCCGCCAGCCCUAGCCGAGCACUCGCUGCCUCCGGGCACGGCUGAGAACCCCCUGGGCUGUGCCGUCUAUGGCAUCCUCCUGCAGCCCGACCCGGGCCUACAGCCCCCACAGCAUGAGCCCCUGCAGGCAGCAGGUGAGCCGGGCCCCAAGUGUGGUGUGUGUGGUCACGACCUGGCGCACCUGUCUAGCCCGCAUGAGCACCAGUGCCUGGCGGGCCACGACCGUUCUUUCCAGUGCACACAGUGUCUCAAGAUCUUCCACCAGGCUACUGACCUGCUGGAGCACCAGUGUGUGCAGGCCGAGCAGAAGCCUUUUGUCUGUGGCGUCUGCAAGAUGGGCUUCUCGCUGCUCACCUCGCUGGCUCAGCACCACAGUGCCCACAGCGGCACCGGUGGCCUGGUGAAAUGUUCCAUCUGUGAGAAGACCUACAAGCCUGGCGAGGCGGCCGAGCCAGCGGCCACUGCUGCCCCCUCGCUGCCCCCAGCGCCCCCACCACCGCCUGCUGUCACCCCUGCUGAACAGGCCGAGAAGCCGUACAGUUGCCCCAUCUGCCAGAAGCCCUUCAAGCACCUGUCGGAGCUCUCGCGGCAUGAGCGGAUCCACACAGGUGAGAAGCCGUACAAGUGCACACUGUGCGACAAGAGCUUCAGCCAGUCGUCACACCUAGUGCACCACAAGCGCACACACAGCUCUGAGCGGCCCUACAAGUGCUCGGUCUGUGAGAAGACCUUCAAGCACCGCUCCCACCUGGUGCGCCACAUGUAUGCGCACUCGGGCGAGCACCACCUGUUCCGCUGCAACGUGUGCGAGCUGCACUUCAAGGAGUCGUCGGAGCUGCUGCAGCACCCAUGCACGCCCAGCGGCGAGCGGCCGUUCCGCUGCGGCGAGUGCCAGAAGGCCUUCAAGCGGCCAUCGGACCUGCGGCAGCACGAGCGCACACACAGCGCCGAGCGGCCCUUCAAGUGCGACCUGUGUCCCAUGGGCUUCAAGCAGCAGUACGCACUGAUGCGGCACCGGCGCACGCACAAGACCGAGGAGCCCUUCAAGUGCGGUCUGUGCGAGAAGGGCUUCGGGCAGCCCAGCCACCUGCUCUACCACCAGCACGUGCACACCCUCGAGACCCUCUUCAAGUGCCCUGUGUGCCAGAAGGGCUUCGACCAGUCGGCCGAGCUGCUGCGGCACAAGUGCCUGCCGGGCACAACUGAGCGGCCCUUCAAGUGCCCGGUGUGCAACAAGGCCUACAAGCGGGCGUCGGCCCUGCAGAAGCACCAGCUGGCCCACUGCUCCCCAGCCGAGAAGCCCUUGCGUUGCACCCUGUGCGAGCGCCGCUUCUUCUCGUCCUCAGAGUUCGUGCAGCACCGCUGCGACCCAGCUCGUGAGAAGCCACUCAAGUGCCCGGACUGCGAGAAGCGCUUCAAAUACGCGUCAGACCUGCAGCGGCACCGGCGUGUGCACACCGGUGAGAAGCCCUACAAGUGCCCCAACUGCGACAAGGCCUUUAAGCAACGCGAGCAUCUCAACAAGCACCAGGGCGUGCACGCCCGUGAGCAGCAGUUCAAGUGUGUGUGGUGUGGCGAGCGCUUCCUGGACGUGGCCCUGCUGCAGGAGCACAGCGCGCAACACAGCGCUGCGGCCGCUGCAGCUGAGGGCGCCUACCAGGUAGCUGCCUGCCUGCCCUGAGUCCCUGCCGCGGCCCCCACCAGGCCGGGUCCAGCCUCCUUGUACGGAGGCUCCCCCCACAGCGCCGUGUUCAGAGUCCCUGGGCAUGAGGACAGGAGAGCACUGGGCAGGUGGAAGGGCCUGGCACGCCUGGCACCUGCCUGGAGGUGGGGGAGCCAGAUUGCCAUGGUUCUACAAACCUCUUUCCCAUUAUAGGAUUCGUUUUCCUGAGAGCCAUCCACCUCCCUUGCCUUUGGGAGCCUGGAACCAGACUGGAAGUCAGGUGGCCUCUCUCCACCCCAAGGAGGGGUUGGUGCCAGCCCAAUCUUCCCAAACCCUUUAGCCUAAUUAGAAACCAGGUGGUUAGGAAAGAGAAGGUCAUGGUAGGGUCUGGGGGAAGGGCUGGACUCCAAAGGCGGGCUGGGUGUAGGGUAUCCCCCUUUGAGUUGCUGUCUGCGGGAGAAGGCCGGCUUCGUGGUGUAGUCUCGGGUACCAGGAGGGCACGCCGGGAGCCACAGGCCUGCCUGCUGCGGCCAGGGGUGAGGCAUCCUCCGGGCUUCUGACGGGGGUGUGAGAGAGGGCUGCGCACCUGUGGGCUGGCUCUGCCUGGAGCGCAGUCAGCGUAGCCAGAAGGGAGAAGGCAGAGAAGUUCUCCAGGGAGAACACUCAGCCUGGGACAGUGCCCAGGUCAGUGCUGUCCAGAGGGAAAGGAGGAAGGGCGGCCUUUGCAAGGAGGUCUAAUACUGAUGUUUUGGAAGUGCCCCUCCCACUUUUGCAGCAGGGCUCCAGGCUCUGGUGGGGAAAGUGCUCUCAGCCACGCUGAAUGAACUGCAGUGUGAAAAAGGCGGAUUGUUAGACAGCCUGGUACUCGGGAGGAAGCCGGGCCAAGCCAGUGGUUGUGAAGGAGUGUUCUCCGCCUUGAAUUGUGCGAACCAAAGUGUCAAGGGUGGGGCCUCAGUCAGCUCCCAGCCCUCUUCAGGGCCAAGACCGUCCUGUGUACCCAGGGUGGGGUAGGUGAGAGGACUGUGUGAAUGGCCUCCAAUGGCGCAAAGCCCUCCCAGCCCAUGGGAGCCCUCCCCCAUCAGGCUCGCUGCUGGCCCGGCCCCCGGCGAUGCCCCGGGUGACAUCCAGCUCUUCCCAAGGCCGAGAGCUCUCCCUUGGGCCCUGCUGGUAUCUCCCAUGUCUCUGGCUUCCCACAGGGCUUGUCCAGCCGAGGGUGUUGGCGCAGGGAGCAGGCAGAGAAGGGCGAUGCUAAGGAAAUCAGUAGGCAGGUGGAGUCCAGCGAUGUCACUGGACGUCCGAGGCCUUGGGGAGGUCCAGAGGACCUUUAUUAUCCAAGUGAUUAUAUUGACCCCAGUUUUGCCCUCGCCCCCUUCCAGCCCCUUCCCUGGUUGUGGGCCUUAGAGAAGACUUGACUUAGUGCAGCAAGGACCCCGAAGAGCAGGGAGCCCCACCUUGUCCUGCUCUCCCCUACACAGGUCUGAAAAGGGCACGCGAUCUCCAUCUGACGGGUUCCCUGGGGCUUCCCUGACCCCCCCGCGCCCCAGAGGGGCUGGCCCAUCCAGCCCCUCAGGGCUAGCUCUCAGCCACAGCUCCUCAAAGACAUUGAUUCCAGGCUGACAACAGUCCCAAUUGCUAAUUUUUUAUUUUCAUUUUGCUUUCUAAAGCAGUUGUUACACUAUUCAUAACAUUGUAUAGUUUAAUUUCAUGCCAUUUUGGAUCUUCUAUAAAAAUGUGAGAAUUUGGGUUUUUAAAAAGAAUGACUCCAUUUUAGAUAGCCCCUUUUGAUGUUAAUAUAUAGUGAGUCCAAUGUAUGCUUUAGAAGUAAAGACAUUGACCAUCA